GCCGGGGCUGAUGCGAGCGGGGCCACUUCCUGCCGGGUUAGUGACACGGCCGGGCAAGGCAGAAGUGCAGGCAGAAGGGAGCCAGAGAGGCCGAGCUGCGCCACAAGGAAGGACAGCGACAGGGUGAGACGACACGGGGAUCCCCACCAUGUCCCUGGUGGAGACGAUCCGGCUGUGGCAAGAAGGGGUGUGCGCUGCGGACAGGAAGGAGUGGAGCGCUGCCCUGGACGCCUUCUCGGCCGUCCAGAACCCCCCUGCCAAAAUCUGCUUCAACAUCGGCUGCAUCCAGCUUGUCCUGGGGAAGCUGGCCGAGGCGGAGGAGGCGUUUACCCGGAGCAUCGGCUGUGACAAGCACCUGGCUGUGGCUUACUUCCAGCGGGGGACCGUGUCUUACCGGAGCCAGAACCAUGGAAAGGCCAUGGAGGAUUUCAAAGAGGCGCUGGCCCAGCUGCGAGGGAACCAACUCAUCGAUUACAAGAUCCUGGGGCUGCACUACCGGCUCUUUGCCUGCGAGCAGAUUCUCUACAACAUUGCACUGGUGUAUGCCACAACAGAGAACUGGGAGAAGGCUGAGGAGCACCUGACCCUGGCCAUGAGCAUGAAGAGUGAGCCCCAGCACAACAAGAUAGACAGGGCAAUGGAAGCCAUCCUGAAGCAGAAGCUCUGUGAGCUGGUGGCCAUUCCUGCAGGGAAGCUGUUCAGGCCAAAUGAGAAGCAAGUGGCUCAGCUGGAGAAGAAGGACUACCUGGGAAAGGCAAUGGUGGUGGCCUCUGUGGUGGACAAGGAUGAUUUUUCAGGAUUUGCUCCCCUGCAGCCACAGGCCUCUGGUCCUCCACCCAGGCCCAAGACCCCAGAAAUCCUCAGGGCCCUCACAGGGCAGCCACACCGUGUCAUGUACGAGUUCAUUCCCGAGACCGAGGAGGAGCUGCAGGUCCUGCCAGGAAACAUUGUCUUUGUCCUGAAGAAAGAGAAGGACAAUUGGGCUACAGUGAUGUUCAAUGGAAAGAAAGGGAUUGUCCCCUGCAACUUCCUCGAGCCUGUGGAGCUUCACAAUAAGCUGCAUAUCCAGGAGGAAGCCCCUGUGGAAGCCGAGAUCCCCGAGUCACCCACCCGCAGUGUGCCGGAGAGGCCGCGGCGGCUGGCGCCAGACCGCGUUCCUGCUACUGUGGCGCAGCCAAGAGACACAGCAAAGGAGGCUGAACCAACUGUCCUCAAGGUGCACUACAAAUUCACAGUGGCCCUGAGAGUCGAUCGAGGCCACUCCUACAGGGAGCUCCUGGAGCUGGUUUGCAGGAAGCUGGAGCUGCAGCCCGAGCACACGGAGCUGAGGUACAAGCCUGUGGAGGGCCAGGAGCUGGUGACUCUGAGUGCAGAGAACGUGGAGGCAGCCUGGAGCCAGAGCAAGGACAACUGCCUGACAGUCUGGUGCAAUGGCACAGAGGGAAAGGGGUUUGUACCAGACAGCAAAGCAGAGGAGUCACUGCAGGAGGCAACGCCUGGGGAGACGGGACCCAAGCACGUUGUAGCUCAGUACAGUUAUGAAGCCACCCAACCUGAAGACCUGGAGUUUCAGGCAGGAGACACGAUCCUUGUUUUAUCCAAAGUGAAUGAAGACUGGUUUGAAGGCAAGUGCAAGGGGAGGACUGGCAUCUUCCCAUCGGCGUUUGUUCAACAGCCCAACACUGAACACCCAGAGAAGUGAUCUCAGAAAAGCUUGAAGUUGUGGAGAGAAAUUAAGAAUUCAACUGUUGCCAUUAUGUAGUCUGCAUGUUAAUCCCUGCAUCUGAAAAUGAACUUUAAAUGUUAUUGCUACUUGUAUUAAAAGCUUUAUAUUUUCUCUUACCUUUUGUGUUGUUCUCUUAAAAAGGAACUUGUUAAGAAGUUGCUAAUUCCUGUUACGGAUACAUUCGUUCCUAAAUCCUGUGCUUGGAAAGAGACUUGCCAUGUUCCCCCAUACUUAAAAAAGCUUUUAUACAGACCUGCCAGAAGCUGGGAACACCCACAAGAAGGUGGUGCAACCUGCAUUUACAGCCCUGCCAGGAGAUCCCAAAGGGGAAGCAAGUUCAGGAAGCUACGGACCAGGAAAGCAAUUGCUUCCUUAAGACAUCAGUGCCAACCCCAAGAACUUAGAAGACACCACACAGCCUCACCCUGCCCCAACUCACAAUUCAAAUUCACAGGGACUUUUAAAAUCCCACCAAUAAAAGCAGACACAUUUUCUUCAGCACUGGGAGCCGUACAUCAAAGUUUCUCCUGAUCAGUCAGAAGAUACAGUAACUUUGAAAGACAGAGCCUGGAAUCCCAGAGCUUUACUCCAAAGGCGCUAAAGGGGCUAUCACACAAGUCCAGAAAACCCUACUGCCCCAUUAACCUAAAUAUCACAUUUCUUUUUAAAGGAACUUAUUCUGGAGACAAUAAACACCUGUAAUUUCAAAACCAGAACAUCUCUGGAGUUUCCUGUCAUAUACCUGGAAGCAUGGAAACAGUGAACACUCGGGUCUGCAGGCAAGUCAUUGGAAGAAGGAUCUGUGCCCUCCCUCUGCAUACUACACACACUGUACCAGGGAUGAGUCUGCAACUAGGGAGGAGCUUUGCAAGCUGCUCCCAUCCUACAUAUUUAGUUCAGUAUGUAAAACACACUACACAGGCAGCACAAAACCACAACCAAAUUAUCUGUACCAAGCCCAAGCCACUGUGAUUCAUUUAGGUCUGUUUCAAAUUAAAAAAAAAAAAAUCAACUUCAAACAUUCUUCUGGCUUCUACAGAAAAGUAAUGCAUUUUUAAAGGCCUGAAGCCAAGUCACACAGGAAAUAAAUGCUACACACAGACCUGGAUGGAGAGAACAUGGUUUAAUUAAAGGCAAAGCUGAUUUCGGCAGCUGCAGUUCUUGCACAGACAGACAGAAAACACAAAAAAAGCUUACAACACAAACCAGUUUCUCUGUUGGGGGCCCCUUGCCUUGCUCCUGCAGGUGCUGGAGGGCAGGGGGCACAGAUGCAUUCCCGAGGCCGGGUGCUCAUGCACAAGUGGAAGGGUGCAGCUGGACCUGCCCGGCCGGGAGUGAGGUGGUGCUCCUGGUCUGGGGUGCAAGAGUCAGUGACGGUGCAACACGGGGAUGCCGCAGCUGCCUGGGCACACAGCUUGGACACACAGCGGGAGGGCUGGAGGGGACACACAGGGUGGGCUGGGUUACCACCGGGUGGGAACUUCACUUUUUGGACUUGUUAAAGGAAAUACAGCUUUGAAAUGCAACACAGAACAGCGAUGUUGCUCAGGUGGAGCUCGUAGGGAGCUUCUCGCACCCCCGAGGGUAUUGGGUCUCCUCCGCCUUCCCUUUUUGUAUUCUCUGGGGCUGCCCAGACUCCAGCGUCACUUCGGCUCCUGCAUGUGCUUUGUUCUGCAGCUGAAUUCUAGCCCAGAGAUCCUGAAUCAUCACACAAACCCCUACUGCUAAAAACAGCAAAUGGACAUUGAGUCUGUUUCUGUAACUUCCCUGGGAAAUCUAACAAAAACGCUGUCCUUUUCUUUAACAAAACUUCCAGUCUUCCUUCCCCCUAAUAAAUAGCAAAUAAAAUGGUUUUUUUCCUUUUCCCUUCUGCACCUUUUCGUCUAUGAACAGCACUGUGCUGUUUCCGUGUGUCCAUGGGUGCCUUGGAUUUGUUUCUGGCACUGAAAGCCUGGGGCUGCAGCUGGGACAGGUUUCUGCAGAGCUGACCUGUGCCUCACCGGGCGUGCGGAUGCCCCAUGCUGUCUGGGCUGGCUGUCGGAUUCACCCAGCCCUGCUGGACCCCUGAUUAUUUUCUGCCAUGGUAAUGAAACUACGAGCGUUCAGCGAAGAUGGGAGGAUGGAAAGAGAAAAAAACAAAACCAAACCGAAACAAAACAAAACAAAAAAAA